AGGUCGCUAAGGAGAAUGGACAUAAUGUAGAUGUUACUGCUAUGAUGGAUACCUGGACACUUCAGAUGGGAUUCCCAGUCAUCCAUGUCACCCAGGCAGGCCUGGCUACUCAACAAAGGUUUCUGAUUUAUCCUCAGGGAGAGCCUUCAAAUGAGGCCUCUUCAAAGUUUGGGUAUAAGUGGACUGUUCCUGUCACGUACUUCACAGAUACUGACCCUCAAACCAAGACUAUCGUUAUGGAACAUGAGAAAGCAAGUGUGAAUCUGCAUGUAGAAGGUGCUAGUAAAUGGUUCAAGGUCAACACAAAGCAGUCUGGGAUGUACCGUGUGAACUACGAAACAUCGACCUGGAGAGCAUUAAUAGAUCAACUCCGGACCAACCACACUGUGUUGAGUGCUGCUGAUAGAGCUAACCUCAUCAAUGAUGUAUUCAAUCUGGCUUGGGCUGGGCACGUGAACUACAGCAUCGCUCUUGACCUGUCAAAAUACCUCAUUAAUGAGACGGAGUAUGUUCCCAUAGAAACGGGUCUUGAUUCACUGUCUUCUAUAGGAAGUUUGCUCUAUGGAACAACGGGAUACUACUACUACAAGGAUUACGUGUUCAAACUAUUUCGUGAGCGUGUUUCCUCUCUUGGGAAAGAAGAUACAGGAGAACAUCUUGACAGGUUGACACGGAAGAGCCUGUUAUCAACAUUCAGAGAUCUAGGUGAUCCAGAUACAUUAGAGUGGGCCAGUGCUGAGUACCAGACAUGGAUGGAAACCGGCUCAACUACUGUAGGAGCCAACUUGCAGGGUAUCGUACAGUGCGGAGGAGUACAAUCUGGAGGAGGACGUGAGUGGGAAUAUGCUUGGAAUAAAUACCAGAGUUCAACCUCUCCUACAGAGAAAGAAUUGCUUCAAAGUGUCUUAGCGUGCACGCGGGAUCCAGAUAUACUUAGCAGGUACCUUGAGUUUGCAUUGGACGGUAGUAAGAUUCUUCAGCAGGAUUAUGUGUCCGUAAUCACAUUGGUGGCCUACCAACGAGCUGGCUCCUACUUAGCUCUUCGCUAUGUCAUCGACAACUGGGACAAGAUUCAGAAAUCGAUUGGUUUGCAGCCAUUUGUGAUGUCAAGUCUAAUUACCGGGACUACAUGGUGGAUAUCUAAAAAAUUCGAAUAUAAAUAUGUGGAGCCCUUCUUUUCGGAGCACACCGCUGGAACAGCAGAGCGUACCCUGAAGCAGACCAUGGAAGACAUCAGGAUGAGAAUCGCAUGGAGAGAAAAGUAUGCGGAUCAGGUCACAGAAUGGUUCAAAGAAGCCAUUAAACCUCCUCCACCUUCGUAGUGAGAAGUGGAGAGUGUACAAGGAAGGUUUAAUUCUUUUCUUUUUAUUAUUUUUUUUGGGGGGAGUAUACAAAUAUUGAGUUUUGACCAAUCAGUGAAUGACAAUCUAUGUAUGAGGUAUAUAAUAUUUAUUUCAUUCCGUCUGAUGAUGAUUAACGGCUUAACGGCUGCACAGUUCCCUUUGUCCUAUACUGGAAAUGUUACCCCUUCAAACCUGCUCACAAGACUAUUCAAAUCUCCACCUCACAUUUUCUUGGUGUCUUCAUGUAUUAUAUGAAAUAAUAGUGUCCCUCCCUCUUUAGAGUCCAUAAUACUGGUUGCUCAAGAGAUGAAGAGAAGUACAAUGUGCUUAUUUGUUAUUAUGUCUCACAUGAGAGCAAGUUUUUCUUCAUGUACAGCUCCAUGUUGAAAUCAGAGUGUACAUGUAUACAGUUUGGGAGACUUUUUUUUUCUUCAUCUACACCUCCACAUUGAAAUCAAAGUUUAUAGUUUGGUAUAAAACUGAAACAAGCAGUCAUAGGUUGAAGCUGGAUGGUGUGCAGUGCAAUAUUAUUUGUUUCCAUGUUUGCCCCACCUCUGAAAUUCUUUGUAAAUCCUGUUUUGAAAGCCAGGCUUUUUAGUAUGAACAGGAAUCGUGUGUAAAGCACAAAAUCCAUUGUAUACCAGAAUUCACACACAGUUGAUGCAAUCAUUGGCUUAACUAUGGAUAACAUUUUAUCAUUCAUAUUUGUAUGAAAGCACACCGUUGAUUACACUCGGAUGGCUCAUAAUCAAUGCACAACGAAUCCUUGAGCUCUUGGACUCUUUCUGCAUUAUUGAGAGACUGUAUGCCAUAAAUGCACCCUCUUUUUUCUUAUUUCUCAAUGCACCGUCGCUUUCUGUAUCACUGUACAGUGUGCUAUAAGUUUGUAACGACCUUGGCCAAUUCAGAGAUUUUAUUUAUCUGCUGUUUACAGUUAUUAGAUUACUCAAGUGUUAUAUUACCCAUAGAUAUAUAUUCCCAUAUAUGACUCAAAUAUUGUAUUGAACCCUUCUUUCAUAAUAAAAUUUGAUGGGUCUAUAUUGGCUUGCUCCCAUGCAUUCCUUUCUAUGUAUGGCACCCUUGUUUGAAAUGUUGUAUAUGCCAACAAUAUUAUUUUGAAUCUUUACUAACAAUAGAUACAAAUUUGGUGGUGUUAGAUUUUGUUUUCCCUGCAGAAAUUUACAGACUGAGGAAGAAAUAGAAAAAGUGGAAGUUUGUCUUCAGUUAUUAACCCUUCAUAAAUACUCUCCCCCCCCCCCC